UGCCGGGAUCGCGGUGAUGUGGCCCCCCCCCCCUUACCCCUCCCCGUCCCGGGAUGUCGGAAGAAACCCGACAGAGCAAAUUGGCUGCGGCCAAGAAAAAGUUGAGGGAGUAUCAGGAGAAGAACAGCCCUGGUGUAGGAGCAAAGAAGAAAAGGAAGAUUAAAAAUGGCAGUAGCCCUGAGACCACCACUUCCAAUGAUUGUCACUCUCCUGAGGAUAUUCAGGAUAUUCUGAAGGUGCUGGUGUCCGACCUUAACCGCUCCAAUGGGGUAGCGCUCCCCCCAUUGGACAAGUGGAAGGCGCCCAAAGACCGCGCCGCUCCUGCUGCACCAACUGUUGAUGACACCGUGUCACCUGGCGGUGUCCCUUCCCCCUGUGCUAGUCUCCCUCGUGUCACCAGCAUGACAUCAAAUCAGAACCAUGAUGCAGAAAAUGGUCCUAUCCUCAUAGAUGAAAGCAAAUGUCUGUCCUCUACCGAGAGCCUGCGACAGCUUUCUCAGCAGCUCAAUGGUCUUGUGUCCGAGUCUUCAUCCUACAUCAAUGGGGAGGGCCUGGCAUCUUCUGCUAACAUAAAGGAUCUAGAGAGCCGGUACCAAGAGCUAUCACUAGCCCUGGACUCCAGCAAUCUAACAAACAAACAACUCAGUAGCAAGAUAGAGGAAUUGAAACAACAGAACCAGGAAACUCUGGAUCAACUGGAAAAAGAGAAGAAGGAGUUUGAACAGAAGCUUGCAAAGGAGCAGGGGUCUCUAAGGGAGCAGCUGCAGGUUCACAUUCAGACCAUAGGGAUUCUGGUGUCUGAGAAGACCGAAUUACAGACAGCCCUGGUCCACACACAGCAGGCAGCCAGGCAGAAAGCAGGAGAGUCUGAAGAUCUUGCUAGUCGCCUGCAGUCUUCCCGCCAGCGUGUCAGUGAGCUGGAGCGCACAUUGUCUGCUGUCUCCACACAGCAGAAGCAGGUGGACAGGCACAACAAGGACUUAACCAAAGAGCGAGACACCCUCAAGCUGGAGUUAUAUAAGAACAACAAAAACAAUGAGGACCUGAAGCAGCAGAACUCAGAACUGGAGGAGAAGCUUCAGGUGAUGGUGAGAGAGAAGGCAGCCAUGCAGCUCGGGAUGGAGGAGCUGCAAAAGAAGCUGGAGAUGUCGGAGCUCCUGCUGCAGCAGUUUUCUAGUCAAUCCAAAAGCCCUGACAGCAGCCAGGAGUUACACCAGGCCCUGGAAGAGCGGACACAGCUGGAGGCCCACGUUGGGGAGCUGAGAGAUUUACUAAAGCAACUGCAGCUGGAGAGAGACCAGUAUGCAGAGACUCUGAAGGAGGAGAAUGCCAUUUGGCAGCAGAAGAUGCAGCAGAUGUCUGAACAGAUGCACAGAUUGAGGGAAGAGAAGGAGCACAGCAUGAGUCAGGUGCAGGAGUUGGAGGCCAACUUGGCUGAACUGAAGAACCAGAUAGUGGUGCCCCCAGCCCAGGAGCCCCCAGCCAGGCCCUUGGAGGAGGAGCAGCAGCGGCUGCACGCCGAGACUGAACAACUACAGAAGGAGCUGGAGAGCCUGGCCGAGCAGGUGCAGGCCCAGGUGAAAGACAACGAAGGUUUGAGUCGCCUGAACCGGGAGCAGGAGCAGCGGCUGCUGGAGCUGGAGCGGGCAGCCGAGUGCUGGGGGGAGCAUGCAGAGGAACGCAAGCAGAUUCUGGAGAGCAUGCAGAGUGAUCGCACCACCAUCAGCCGUGCGCUCUCCCAGAACCGCGAGCUCAAGGAGCAGCUGGUUGAGCUGCAGAACGGCUUCGUCAAGCUGUCCAACGAGAACAUGGAGAUUACUACCGCACUGCAGUCGGAGCAGCAUGUCAAGAAGGAGCUGGCUAAGAAGCUGGGCCAGCUGCAAGAGAAGCUGGGAGAGCUAAAGGAAAUGGUGGAGCUGAAGAGCCAGGAGGCUCAGAAUCUCCAGCAGCAGCGGGACCAGUACAUGAGCCACCUGCAGCAGUAUAUGGCCGCCUACCAGCAGGUGGCUUCCGACAAGGAGCUGCUGCACAAGCAGGUGCUGCUGCAGACUCAGCUCAUGGACCGGCUGCAGCAUGAGGAAGUUCAGGGCAAGGUGGCGGCCGAGAAAGCCCUCCAAGAGUUACAGGAGACCCAGGGACGCCUGGAAUCUGCCACCCAGCAGAACCAGCAGCUCCAGGCCCAGCUGAGCCUCAUGGCUAUGCCUGGGGAAGGAGAUGGAUUGGACAGUGAGGAGAAGGAAGAGGAGGCUGCCCAGCCAAAGCUGAGCAUGCCAGAGAACCUGGAGAGCCGAGAGGCCGUGGUGGCAUUUUUUAACUCGGCCUUAGCCAGUGCUGAGGAGGAGCAGGCACGGCUGCGCGGGCAGCUGAAGAAGCAGAAGCUGCGCUGCCAGCGUCUGGCUCACCUGGUGGCCCCAGGCCAGCAGGUGCAGGAGGAGGCCGCAGCCCCCAGUGGUGACAGUGUGCCUGGGGAGACCCACCAGGCCCUCCAGGUGGCCAUGGACAAGCUGCAGGGCCGCUUCCUGGAGCUCAUGCAGGAGAAAGUGGAGCUGAAGGAGCGGGUGGAGGAGCUGGAGCAUUGCUGCAUCCAGCUUUCUGGAGAGACAGACACUAUUGGAGAAUACAUCGCCCUGUACCAGAAUCAGAGGGCAGUGCUGAAGGAACGGCACCGGGAGAAGGAGGAGUACAUUAGCCGUCUGGCUCAAGACAAAGAAAACAUGAAGAUGAAGCUGCUGGAGCUACAGAAACUGGUGCUAUGCCUAGUGAGCGAGCGCAAUGAACGGCAGGGCAAGCUCCUGGCAACUGCCCAGGACCCCGCAGCAGAGCCUGCUACAGCACCCCCAGCCCAAGAGCUUGGUGCUGCCAAUGGCCAGGGUGAUCUUCGAGAGGUGAGCCUGGCUGACAAUGAUAAUGUGGCACCUCCUCAGGGAGAGGCCCUACCAGGCCACAGUGCCCCUGAGAACCCCACUGCACAGCAGAUCAUGCAGCUUCUGCAGGAGAUGCAGAAUCCCCAGCCAUACCCAGGUUUAAGCAAGAAUCCCUGCGUCCCCUUCUUCUACCGGGCUGAUGACAAUGACGAGGUGAAGAUCCUGGUGAUCUAAGAGCCUGACACCAGCAAGCAAAACCUGGAGAAGUGGGGCCGGGGGCUCUGCUCCCACCCUGUCCCUGCCACCCUAUCAUUCCUUCCCAAUUACUCUUUUAUCCCUGAACUAGCAAGAUAAGACCCCUGAGAGGGGUGUGAAAAGCCUCCUAAUGGGGGGAAACAAACAGGUGCAGACCUCUUGCCACCUUGGCAAGGGCUGUGUCUUUUUCUGGACUACUCAUCGUUCCAGAAAAACAAAGAGCCAGAGGCUCAAUAAAAACAUAAUUUAGAGGGCUCCCUUUCUUGGGGGGCAGGGGCUCCCUGGUGGCCUCCUCACCCCCACCAAGCAGUCCUUCAGAGGGGCUCAGGCAUCCUCUAUUCAGAGGCACUUUGGGGAACAAGUGCUCCCCCUGUCCAGCUCAAUGACUGGGCAGCACUCUCCCAGGCCUUAGGACAGUUGGGGCUAACCCAGGCCAGGCAAAGGCAUAAGCUGGUGGGGGGAGGGGGCUCCCUCCCCAGUGUAUAUAAUGUACCUGUGUAACAUUUUGUAUAUUCUGGGGAUAGGGCAGCCCCCUGUAUCAUAGCAGAGGUUGGAACUGGCAAAUGGGGAGGAAGUUCUAUUAAAUAUUUGGGGAUGAGGAAACUUAUUUAUUGAUAGCAUAGGACAGAGGAAGGAGGCGGGGACGGGGUUCCGCCCAGGUGACUCACAACUUCUGUUUGCUUUUUAUUUCGGAAUAAAUGGAUUUAGCCAUACUGUUUA